AUGAAAUCCCCAAGGAGAACCGCUUUGUGCUUCAUGAUUAUUGUGAUUUUUUCUUCCCAAGCUACACUGAACUUGAAUUUAGAGUCUAUUGUUUAUCCUUCGCUUCUCCAUGAACAUGAACUAGCAGGGGAGGACCCAGUAAGGCAAAAACGAGCCGUUGCCAUGAGCAGUCCUGCAGCCCAAGAGUUCACUGUCGAUGUUGAGGUCAGUUUUGAAGAUGCCUCCUUCCUGGAGCCUAGCAAAGCUUACUUGAAAAGCCUCAGUUUUCCAGUUCAAGGGAAUGACACUGACACAGCUACCAACAUUUUGAGCAUCGAGGUGACAACAGUCUGCAGACCUACUGGAAGUGAAAUCUGGUGCUCCUGUGAGAAAGGCUAUAAGUGGCCUCAGGAAAGGUGCCUCCACAAUCUCACUUGUCAAGGGCAUGAUGGCUCCCCUUCAGGGCAUCAUUGCAGUCUCCUUAAGGGACUGCCUCCCAAGGGACCUUUUUGCCAGCUCCAGGGAGAUAUUACCCUGCGAAUGUCAGUCAGACUCAAUGUGGGCUUUCAAGAAGAACUCAAGAACUCUUCCUCUGCCCUCUAUAGGUCCUACAAGACUGACUUGGAAACAGCGUUCUGGAAGGGUUACAGUAUUUUACCAGGCUUCAACUUGGUGACAGUGACAGAGUUCAGGCCUGGAAGUGUGGUUGUGGUGUAUGAAGUCACUACAACAGCAGCGUCACCUGAAUUAAUGCGCAAAGCAAACGAGCAAGUAACACAGAACCUCAAUCAGACCUACAAGAUGGACAGCAAUUCCUUCCAGGUUACUUACAGCAAUGAAACGAAGUUCUCCAUCACCCCAGAAAUCAUCCUUGAAGGGGAUACAGUAACUCUGAUGUGUGAGAACGAAGUUUUGUCCUCCAACGUAACCUGGCAGCAUGUGGAAACAGGCUUCGACAUCCAGAACAGCAGCAGAUUCUCCAUCUACACCUACGUGCUCAACAACAUGACCUCCGUGUCUCGCCUCACCAUUUACAACAUCACUCAGGAUGACGCAGGUGAAUAUAUUUGCAAACUGACAUUAGAUAUUUUUGAAUAUGGGUCCAGAAAAAAAAUAGAUGUUACAUCCAUCCAGAUUUUGGCAAAUGAAGACAUGAAGUUGAUGUGUGACAACAGUCCCGUGUCUUUGAACUGCUGCAGUGAGAUGACGGUGAAUUGGAGUCAAGUUGAAUGGAAGCAACAGGGGUCUAUAAGCAUUCCAGGAAGCCCUGAAACAGACACAGACUCUGGCUGCAGCAGAUACACCCUCAUGGCCAAUGGCACUCAGUGUCCGAGCAGAUUGUCUGGAACGACAGUGAUCUACACGUGUGAGUUCAUCAGCGCCCACGGAGCCAGAGGCAGUAAAGACAUAAAAGUGACAUUCAUCUCUGUGGCCAACCUAAAAAUAACCCCGGACCCAAUUUCUGUUUCUGAGGGACAAAGCUUUUCUAUAAAGUGCAUCAGUGAUGUGAGUAACUAUGAUGAGGUGUACUGGAACACUUCUGCUGGAAUUAAAAUAUACAAAAGGUUUUAUACCACGAGGAGGUAUCCUAAUGGAGCAGAGUCGGUGCUGACAGUCAAGACCUCAACCAGGGAGUGGAAUGGAACCUAUCACUGCAUAUUUCGAUACAAGAAUUCAUACAGUGUCAUGGCCAAAGAUGUCACCGUCCACCCGCUGCCCCUAAAGCCCAAUAUCAUGGUUGAUCCUUUGGAAGCUGCCAUUCCAUGCACAAGCUCCCGUCACAUCAAGUGCUGCAUUGAGGAGGACAGAGACUACAAGGUCAUUUUCCAAGCUGGUUCCUCGUACUUUCCUGCUGCAAAAGAAGUUAAUGGAAAGCAAGUGUGCUACAAACACCAUUUUGUGGCAAACUCAAUUUCCUGUCCAGAAAAUAUGGAUGUGUUUUGUCACAUUACCAAUACCGCUAAUAAUUCAGUCCGGAGCCCAUCUAUGAAGCUUCAUCUGGUUCCUGGGGAGAACGUCACAUGCCAAGAUCCUAUCAUAGGUGUUGGGGAACCCGGAAAAGUCAUCCAGAAGCUUUGCCAGUUCUCUAACGUUCCCAGAAUCCCUGGGAGCCCCAUUGGCGGGAUCAUAACUUACAGAUGUGUGGGCUCCCAGUGGAAGGUCAAGAAAAACAAUUGCAUCUCUGCCCCAAUAAAUGCUCUGCUCCGGCUGGCUGAGGCUUUGAUGAAGAGCCCCUCUCAGGAUGAGAAGCUCCCUUCAUACCUAAAGAAUCUUUCCAUUAGCACAAACCACAUGAAACUUGAAGCCAACUCAUUUCCUGGGAGCCUGGGAGCCAUUAUUAACAUCCUUGAUUUGCUCUCAACAGUUCCAACCCAAGUGAAUUCAGAAAUGAUGAUGCACGUCCUCUCCACGGUCAACGUCAUCCUCGGCAAACCCGUUUUGAAUACCUGGAUGAUGUCACAAGAGCAAAAGACCAAUCAGAGCUCACAGUUACUGGAUUCAGUGGAAAGAUUUUCCCGAGCCUUGCGGUCAGAAGAUAGCACCAUCUCCCAACCUAAUGUUCAGAUGAAGAGCAUGGUCAUAAAAUCUGGCCACCCCAAAUCCUACACACAGAGCUUUGUUUUCUUAGACUCUGACCUCUGGGGCAAUGUGACCAUUAAUGAAUGCCAGCUGGAACACCUGCAACCAGAUUCAUUUAUCGUCACCGUGGCUUUCCCAACUCUCAAAACCAUCCUCGCCCAGGAUGUUCCAGGAAAGACUUUUGCAAACAGCUUAGUAAUGACAACCACUGUCAGCCACAAUAUAACCACGCCAUUCAGGAUUUCGAUGACUUUCAAAAACAACAACCCUUCGGGCGGGGUACCGAGGUGUGUCUUCUGGAACUUCAACCUCGCCAACCACACAGGGGGGUGGGACAGCAGUGGGUGUUAUGUUGAAGAAGUCACCGAGGACAGUGUGUCCUGCAGCUGUGACCACCUCACAUCAUUCUCCAUCCUCAUGUCCCCUGAUUCCCCAGACCCUGAUUCUCUCCUGAAAAUACUACUGGAUAUCAUUUCCUACAUCGGGCUGUGCUUUUCCAUCUUGAGCUUGGCAGCCUGCCUCGCUGUGGAAGCCGUGGUGUGGAAAUCGGUCACCAAGAACCGGACUUCCUCCAUGCGUCACAUCUGCAUCGUGAACAUUACGGCCUCCCUCCUGGUCGCCGACGUCUGGUUCAUCGUGGCGGCCGCCAUCCGCAACUACCACUACCCACUCAACCAGACGGCGUGUGUGGCUGCCACCUUCUUUGUCCACUUCUCCUACCUCAGCGUCUUCUUCUGGAUGCUGACUCUGGGCCUCAUCCUCUUCUACCGCUUGGUUUUCAUCCUGCAUGACAUGAGCAAGUCCAUUCAGAAGGCCAUUGCGUUUUCUCUCGGCUACGGUUGCCCUCUGGUCAUCUCCGUCAUCACGGUGGGGGCCACCCAGCCCCGGGAGGUCUACACGAGGAAAAAUGCCUGUUGGCUCAACUGGGAGGAUACCAAGGCCCUGCUGGCCUUCGUUAUCCCAGCACUGAUCAUUGUGGUGGUCAACGUGACCAUCACGGUCGUGGUCAUCACCAAGAUCCUGAGACCUUCCAUCGGGGACAAGCCGAGCAAGCAGGAAAAAAGCAGCCUGUUCCAGAUCACCAAGAGCAUCGGGGUCCUCACACCGCUCUUGGGGCUCACCUGGGGUUUCGGUCUCGCCACCGUGUUCCAGGGGAGCAAUGCUGUCUUCCAUAUUGUAUUUACCCUCCUCAAUGCCUUCCAGGGAUUAUUCAUUUUACUCUUCGGAUGCCUCUGGGAUCAGAAGGUACAGGAAGCCUUGCUGAAUAAGUUUUCACUGUCGAGAUGGUCUUCACAGCACUCAAAGUCAACAUCCCUAGGUUCAUCUACUCCUGUAUUUUCUAUGAGUUCUCCAAUAUCAAGAAGAUUUAACAAUUUGUUUGGUAAAACAGGAACAUACAAUGUCUCCACCCCGGAAAUAACCAGCUCAUCCCUGGAAAACACAUCCAGUGCUUAUUCAUUGCUCAACUAA